CACUGUGGCACACGGAGGUGGGUGGCCAGCACCACGCCCGGCCGCCUUUGUCUUCCCAGUGCUGGCGACGUUUAACUCCACACCACCGCUUCACCAGAUACUCAUUUGAGGCUGAGCCGACCUACAGCAGACCCAGGGUCGACUCUGUGCGCCCUUGCCAAGAUGGCGCUCGUGUUUUGCACAACUAAAUGACGUCAUGCCGCCUUACUUUUUUAUGCGGGGGGGGGGAGUUCGGGGCAAGCGAAUCGAAUCACCAACAUGACGUCACUUUAGAAAACGUUUUAAAAAACAUCAUUGGGUGAGCUUAAAAGAUAACAAUAGAUCAUAGGCAACGUUUCGAGCAAUGGCCCUUCCUCGCAUAUAAAAAAUAAUAGGCGACGUUUCGGUCUAAUUUUUGAGAAGCAACAUAUGACGUAAUAACUGUACAAGGUAGCCGCGUCGAUGACGACAUUUGUGUAUCGCGACGUCACGCGAGGACGGCAGGGGAGGUGGCGGCGUCGCGUCUUGGGAAACGGUGCCCGGACCCCCGGACGUCGUGAAAUGAUCCGCGAGCAAUUCCACGGCCGGGAUUUCAACGCGGCGCGCGUGCUUCCGUCGCGACGACGCAGGGGAGCGGUCGAGGUCAUUGCGACGAUCGCCAUCGCCCCCAUCGCCCGCCCCAUCACCCCCCCCCCCCCCCCCCCCCCCCCCCCCCCCCAACGCCGCCCGCAAACGAGCGCAGCCUAGCAAAGGCGCGCGACCCGCCAGCCGGCCGCACAGCCUUCUGGGGAGGGCGCCGUGCGAGCAGCGCCGUGCGACGAGCCGCCGAGAGCCUCGUUCGGCUUUGGACUUGCAGCGUCGCUGGGCUGCACGAGGCAGCAAUGAUGGCGACCGCCGCCAGUCGCGCGACAGCCGCGUCCGAGAGCUCCGUUAGCGCACACGGAGAGGCCGCGGGAAGACGGAGGUAGAGUAGAGCGCGAGGGAAUGAGAGGCGGGGAAUGCGAUGAAGGAAGUGAGCCGCUCGCUCGCCCGCCUGCUCACUCGCUCACCCACCUAAUCACCCACCUACUCAUCCACCUACUCACCCACCUAGUCACCCAUCCACCUACUCAUCCUCCUACCCACCCACCCCCCCUACUCACCCUUCUCCUCACCCACCUCCUCACCCACCUACGCACCGACCGGUUGUCCCGAAGGCACGGUUGAAGACGGCCCGGCGUGGCGGGAGACUUGACGCUGCGAUGCACCGCUGCGACGAGUGUCCGUACAGCACGGACAAGCGCAGCCGCCUCACCAUCCACCGGCGCACGCACACUGGCGAGAAGCCCUACGGCUGCCAGGUGUGCGGCAAGGCCUUCGCCGACACGACGGCCCUCUACCGGCACCGUAGCACGCACAGCGACGAGAAGCCGCACGCGUGCGCCCUCUGCGGCAAGUCCUUCCGCCUGCCGGCGCACCUCGAGAUCCACGGGCGGACGCACACGGGCGAGAAGCCCUACCGGUGCGACGCGUGCGGCAAGACCUUCUCGCGGUCGGGCGGCCUCCACCGGCACCGCCGGGUGCACACGGGCGAGAAGCCCUUCGCGUGCUCCGUGUGCGGCAGGGCGUUCAAGCACUCGGGCGACCUGCGGAUCCACGGGCGCACGCACACGGGCGAGAAGCCCUACCGGUGCGGCGUCUGCGGCAAGGGCUUCGCGCAGUUCGGCGGCCUCUACAGCCACCGGAGCACGCACACGGGCGACAGGCCGCACGUGUGCACCGUGUGCGGCGGCGCCUUCGCCCGGCCGGGGAACCUGGCCCGGCACCGGAGGACUCACGCCGGCGAGAGGCCGCACGCGUGCCCCGAGUGCGGCCGGGCGUUCGCGACGGCGGGAGAGCUGCACGUGCACGGGCGCACGCACACGGGCGAGAGGCCGUACGCGUGCGACGAGUGCGGCCGGGCCUUCGCGCAGUGGGGGGCCCUGCAGAGCCACCGCAGCGUGCACACCGGCGCCCGGCCCCACGGCUGCUCGGCGUGCGGGAAGAGCUUCGCCAAAGCGGGCGACCUGCGGAGGCACCGGCGGACGCACACGGGCGAGAAGCCGUACCGGUGCGACGCGUGCGGCAAGGCGUUCUCGCAGUCGGGGACGCUGCACGUCCACCGGAGGACGCACGAGGGCGAGCGGCCCUACAAGUGCACGCUGUGCGGGAAGCGGUUCACGCAGUCGGGGACGCUGCACAGCCACCGGCGGACGCACCGCGGGGAGGCGCGGCCGCGGCGAGAGUGCGCGGUCUGCGGCAGGAAGGGGCCGUCGCGCUCUCGGCGCUCGAACCGCGACGGCGACGACGGCGACGAGUCGUACGAGUGCGGCCGGUGCAGGAAGGGGCUCUCCGGCAUUCCGGCCUGCGCUCCCAGUGCGGAGGACUCCCGCGGGCGCGCCACGCCGGGGAGGGAGGCCGCGCCGCCCGGGGGGAGCGACGCCGGAGCGCUGCCGCCGGCGGCGUCACUCGUCAUCAAGGAGGAGCCUGAAGACGAAGGCGUCGCUGCUGGGGGAGACGCCUGGCUGGGGGUGAAUCCUGGCAGCGAGGAGGAAGAGGAGGAGGAGGAAGAGGAGGAGGAAGAAGAGGAGGAGGAGGAAGAGGAGGAGGAGGAAGAGGAGGAGGAGGAAGAGGAGGAGGAAGAGGAGGAGGAAGAAGAGGAAGAGGAGGGAUAUCCAACCUUCCUCUUGUCGGCCGUGAAGACGGAGCGCGACGACGAGAAAUUCGUCCUCGGCGCGGACUGCGGGGUGACGGUGGGCGAGGUGAUCGGCCCUGGCGAGGAGGAGGUGUCCCUUCCCUCGACUUAUACCGAAUUGGAGGGCGUGGGACACGGGCCCGCGCAUGCCUUGACGACUUGGCUGCAGGUGCACGCGAUCUCCCCCCCCCACCGCCCUCCCCCCAUUCUUGCCGGAUCCCCGGCACCACCGUCGCCGCCCGCCAUGCACCGCUGCGGCCAGUGCGAGUACAGCACCAGCUACCGGGGCCACAUGGAGGUCCACCGCAGGAAGCACACGGGCGAGAAGCCCUUCAAGUGCGCCGCGUGCGACAAGUCCUUCGUCCACCUGGGCCACCUCCACCGGCACCAGCGCUCGCACUCGGGCGAGAAGCCCUACCGGUGCGACGCGUGCGGCAAGACCUUCACGCAGUCGGGCAACCUGCACAACCAUCGGCGGAUCCACACCGGCGAGCGGCCCUUCAAGUGCGCCGUGUGCGGCAAGGCGUUCAGCCAGACGGGCAACCUCCACAACCACCUCAUGACGCACAUGGAGGAGAAGCCGUACAAGUGCGCCGUGUGCGGCAAGGCGUUCACGCGCACCGGCAACCUGCACAAGCACCAGACGAUCCACACGGGCGAGAAGCCGCACGAGUGCUCGCUGUGCGGCAUGGCGUUCUCCCAGCCGGGCACCCUGCACCGGCACCACCGCACCCACACGGGCGAGAGGCCCUACCGCUGCACGCUGUGCGGCAAGGCGUUCACGCAGUCGGGGACGCUCACCAAGCACCAGCGCGUCCACCGGGAGGAGAACGCCGUUCACGCGCACUUCCUGGACGGCGGCGGCGGCGGCGGCGACGGCGACGACGGCGACGGCGACCACGGCGGCGUUGCGACGAGGUUCCCCCGCAUGAAGCAGGAGCCCGAGGGAAGCCCCGGCCUCUACGGAACGUCGCCACCGCCGUCACCGAAGUCGUCGCCGCCGCCGACGCCAACGGCGUCGCCGUGCGGGGCGACCGUGAAGCACGAGGAGGAGGAGCUGGAGGAGGAGGAAGAGCUGGAGGAGGAAGAGGAGGAGGUGGAGUCUAACGGGGGCUCUGACCUCGUCACCGUGAAGCGAGAGAGGGCCGACCAUUAGCGGGAGCCACGCUGCUCCGCUCCCCGUCAGGGCCCUGGAUCAAACCACCGUCGUCAUCGUCACACACCGCGCCAUCGUCACACACCGCGCCAUCGUCACACACCGCCAAAGCGUUGGCCCGCGGUUCAGAAUGUUCCCUCCAAAAUCCGCAUCCUUCACCUCGCCCGCUUCAUUCCAACCGGGCUCCCCUCUUCCUGAGCCUGCUCUGUACAGAACUUCGUCGCGACUGCUUGGCAUCAACGGUACCCCACAGCACCCCACCCCACACCACACCCUACCCCAACACCACCCCACACCCUACCCCAACACCACCCCACACCCUACCCCAACACCACCCCACACCCUACCCCAACACCACCCCACACGCACAGUCUCCCGGAGGAGCGCGCGGGGGCGGCUGCACGCGACGCUGAACCGAGAGAGUGAGAGAGUGAGAGAGCAGAGGAGGCGUGGGGGGGGGGGGGGUGAAGAAACUACCGCGGGAUCCUCUGCGCGAGGAAUUGAAACGCGCGGCCGCGUCCACGUCGGGUAAGACUCGUUGGGGGGGGGGGGGGGGCUGGACGUACCGACGCGACAAGUCCCACCGCACGGACGCGCGCCCGCGCCCGCGCUUCGCAGCUGCGUCGCCGUUUUGAGUGACGGUCGAUGUCAGAAAGCCUCGCCGCCGAAUCUCGAGGCUAUCCCUCCCCCCCCCGCCGCCGCCGCCGCCGCCGCCCUCCCUCCAUCGUCUUCGGUGAAGGUGGUGGUCCCGGGCUUCGGUCGGGGGAGGUUCCAUCGGAGGGAGAGGGAGGAGGAGGAGGAGGGGGCGGAGCGUGCCGUGGCGGGACUGUCCGGAGAUUCUGGCCCCGCGCUCGCGCAUCAGUGGCGACGUUUUCUGAACCGCUUUCGGUGGGCUCGGCCUCGAACGUUGCCUGCUCGGGGGUGACGGUCGGCCGUGGUCGUCGCGGGCGAUGGAACACGAGCACGGGCCACCGUUCUGGACGCUUCCUCCCUUGCGAGGGCGCGGGGGGGGACAACCGGCACGCGCUCCUGUCGCGGUGUCCGACGCGGAAACGCGUCGGGCGUUUCGCGACGUCGUUGGAACGGCGACGUCGGUCUGUGCGCGUGUUUGUUGCGACGCUGCCACUCCACAGCAGCAGCGGCGGCGGCCGUUGGCGUACGUACGGUGCGGAAGACGGUCAUCGGGCGAGCGUGCACACGCGCCCGUUCAUCCUUCCGCGGGCCAAUGCGGUUAUUUUGUUGUUGUUUUUUAUUAUGUUCAUUCGUUCAGCCGUACGGUUUACUCUGCAGCCAGGCACUUUUUUUGUAUUUUGGUUUAGUUAUUUCUCUUUGGGGAAAGAUUAAUUCUGUAAACGAAAAAAAUCCUGCGGGGUGGGGGGGGGGUGGGUGGUCAGUUCAUUAUUUCGAUAGAAUUUAUGGUUUGUUACGUCCCCCCUCCCCCCCCCCCCCACGUGCAAUAUUUAUCCUACGUCCAGAUUUCGCUACGAGGUUGCAGCAGCAGCAGCAGCAGCAGUCCCACCGUGCGCUUGCCGUUUGCCUCGAUCAACACAGGGGGGACUACAUAGCUGACGGCGGGCGGCUACUGAAAGGGUCAAUCGUUCCGCCAGACAGAUAGACUGACGAGAUUUCUCACGUAAACAAAACGCCAGUUAGUUACUACUUUAGCGUAGUGUAUAGCGUAGUGUACAGCGUAGUAUAUAGCGUAGUGUAGUGUAUAGCGUAGUGUCUAGUGUAGUAUACGACUUGAGCCCACCGGUGUGUUGGCGAGUAAAUCCAUUGUAUCUGUCUGUCGACUUGAUAACCCCCCACCAGCUUGCUGUGCUGCCAUGUCCCCGCAGCCGCGCAUUGCCUUGCUAUUCAUAUACGCGCCCCGCGCCCCACGCCCAGGUCAGAGUCGGAAUAUUUCUUUCUACUGGAGGAGGAAUCCGAUGCGCCGUGAAGCUCUUUUUUGCUCACAGAUGUCCAGUAGAAGGCGGCACGGGGAUAAGAAGUUUACAACAACGAGACGGUUACAAAUCAACAACAACAACAACAACACGACGGUGGUUGCAGAGUACAAGUAAGGUAAACAAAUUUGCCCCAAAUAAAAAAAAACACGAAAACAUAAAUCGUCACCGUCCUUAAACCAGGCAAAGCCCACCGAGCCCCUCAACUUAAUUGUCAGAAGCGACCUGGCCGGCUGUCGCGAUAGCGCAAGGAAGUGGCUCACCGUGUGUUACGGACCCAUGUGGUCAUUGCGUUCGUGCACGCGUGCACAACUCUUUUUUUUCACGCUUGCACAUCCGAGCCGUGCCAGCACGGCACGGGGUUUUGUCUUGCCAUGUCGGAACAGAACGGGGAAAACGCCAGCCUCGCAAGAAGAUAACGUCUGGACUGUGACUCCGGUUGGGUGGGUGGGGCCAAGCAGGGCCAGGGGUGUGUGAUGUCGAUACGGGACGAACCGAGCGGCCACGUACGCGCGUCUUCACGCAUCGCGAACAGCGCGUGACCUCGACCCCGCGGAGAGCCGAUAGCUUGCGUGCGUGCGUGCGCGCUGUACGACAAUGGGGAGCGGUAGUGGUAACGGUUAGCGCUACGCUGCGCUACGAACCUGGCGACCCGGGGCUAGGGCUGAACGAUUUGGGGAAAAUAU